AUGGACCCUCAUCUCACCAGCCAUUCCCCAGAGGCCUCGGUCCGAGAAUACAUCGACACCACUCUCACAGGCUUGCUCCAUCAACUAUCCCUCCCUCCAGCCGACAGUCGCCCGGCCAUCUCGCUGAAACGCAGACCUAGCCCAGCAUCAUGCACCAUCAAUCCGAGCAAUCGAGCGCUUGAGGAGACCGCCGGCGCCCAGGUACGGAGGUCAUAUUCCUGGCCCGGGCGAACGGCGUACGAGGCAUGGAGAUUCACGGUCGUCAUCCGAGUGCUUUCCAUCAUCGAGCAAGCUAUGCGCACGGGCAAGAUGAUUUCCAAAAGGGACAUAUACUAUAUCGAUCCGGAAUAUUUCCGUUCUCAGACGAUAGUCGACGGGGUGAUUGACGACCUGGCGUAUACGAUUGGCGUGGAUAGGGACGCAUUGCAUGUGGAAGCUGCCGCAAAGGGUUUGACGGUGGGCUGUUUUCGCCUGAAGAAGCAUGCAUCGAGUGAAGUCGUGUAUGCUCGGACGUCCUCCAUGGUUGGGACUCAUUUCCCGGAGUUCAAUGAGGAUGUGGACGAGAUUGAUAUCACGGGUGUUCGAUGGGUAUUGGUGGUGGAGAAAGAAGUGUGUGCCGUUCUCCCUAUGACCACCGUGAACCAAAUGUUGACCGGUUUGAUAGGCAGUCUUCCAGCGACUCGCUCGAAGCUCCUAUCACUUGAAUGCGGCAUCGGGAGAGGGUAUUUUGGUGACGGCUAUCCCGACUUAUGCACACGGAAAUUCCUCCGUCGACUCUCCGACGCCGCCGCACCCAAUAUUCCAUUCUAUGCGCUUGUCGACGGAGACCCAGACGGCGUGGCAAUCAUGUCGACAUACAAAUACGGCUCUGCGGCACACGCACACAACAAUUCUCGACUGAAUAUCCCGAGCCUGCAAUGGCUCGGUCUGCGAGUGACAGAUGCAAGCGCCGGAGUAGACUCGGUGGAAGAUGGGGCUUUGCUCUCAUUGACAGCUCGGGAUCGCAAGAAGACCGUUGCCAUGCUGUGGAACAGUCCCGUGCUGGCACACAAUGGGCCCGAGUUGAGGUGGCGAGCAGAAUUGCAGCGCAUGCUGAUGUUGAAUAUCAAGGCGGAGAUUGAAGUCCUGUAUGAGCAGGAGAAGGGUCUGGAGGGGUGGAUUGACCAGGAGAUGAGUCGACAGGUACACUGA